AGUGAGGACUGUGGGGCCAGCAGAGCUUGGAGGCCAAAGGCUGCAGAUGCAGCCGGCCGAGGGGGAGAAAAGUCCCACCAUACACAGAGCAGGGAAGAUGAUUAAGUUCUAUACUUCUGAGGCCACAGAGAUCUGUGGGAGUGAUGGAGUUGGCUCUUAACCGGCUCUAAGCACCUAGUAGUAGCCACACAGCCCCAAUCUGACCUACUUGUUUCAAACAUACAGCAGGAAACCCCAUGGCUUGCAGGACCCUGCCAUCCAGACGCCAGGAGGAGGAGACUAACAAAGACCUGGCUCUGAAAUUACCCUUAGGGAAACCUGGAAGUCAUCUGCCCAGCAUUGAUGAAACCCGAGCUAUAGGCCCAGGCCCAGCCUCUCGUCGUGGCUCCCUGCCGGGCCUACACCCAUCCUUUUCGCGCCGCAACUCACUGGCGGGACCCUUAGUGGGUCUUGGAGGUCGACGACCAUCAUUGGGCCCAAUGCCCCCUCUAGGUUCACGAGUUAGUUUUUCUGGGCUGCCCUUGAUGCUUCCCCGUAGGAUGGCACCCUCAUACCGCUUAGAACCAGCGCCCGGGGAACACUGGGAAGUUACAAGUGCCCAGCGUGCCCUGGAGGCAGCACUGACUGCGCAACUGAGCGACGUGUGCUACUCCGGUUCUGAGGCAGGGAAACUGGUGCAAGCGCUGUGUGAACAGAUACACAUGCGAAUGAGGGAGCUCAACCUACCCCGCUACAAAUUGGUGUGCAACGUGGUGCUGGGGCCACGUGAGGGACAGGGUGUGCACGUGGUCAGCCGAGCACUCUGGGAUGCGGUGCAUGAUGGACUGGCCUCUGCCACCUUCACCAACACAUCUCUAUUUGCUGUGGCUACCGUCCACGCGGUCUACUGGGAAUGAUAAUGCCUUUGAGUUCUGAAAAAACGGUUUAUUAUCCCAGGAGGAGGCCCCCCUGGGGCUCACAUCCCAAUAAAUAAAUGUCUGUUAAU